AUGGCGGGAAUUGUCGAGCAGCUUGACGGCGUUAUUGCCGAGCUUCUCGCUGGCUAUAAUGCGUACACCACACUGCUCGUUGUCACCCUCCUUGGAUUCGUGGGCUGGGUUAUCUAUGAUACUCAGGACUCUGACACUCACCCGCUGCUGCUUGCGAGACAGGCGCAGGCCUCCUAUGUGAGGCAGCCUGGCGAGUCUGCUGUCUACAGAUCUCCAGAGCACCCUCAUGGCUACCCUCUGCGCACCGGUCUUGGAGUAAAGCCCCCGGGAGCCCCCAUGUAUACGGCUGGCCGCGAUGGCGAUCUACGAGACAUCUGGCGACGCGUCACCGGCGAAAUCCCGCUCGACAAGGGCGCCACGUCAAGCGGACAUGCCAACAUCAUGACCGUGUUUGGCAAGGAAGGCGUGACCGACCAUGCGAUUGCCGAUAUCACCAAGGAGAUCACCAUAAUUGGAAAGCACCUCAAGGACCAUGGCGCAAAGAGAGUGGCCGUUUACCUUCCCAACAGCCUCGAGUUCCUCGUUACCUUGUUCGCCGGUGCUUUCUACGACUUUGUCCCGAUCCUGAUUCCCUACAACCAGCCGCACCAGACGCUGAUCGAGCUUUUGUCCAAGACUAAUGCAGACUCGCUCGUUGCUGAGGCUGGGUCUGUUCCGCUUGCUGAUGUCGGAAAAGGCGUAUCAAGCUUGCGACAAGUUAUCUGGACGGUGGAGAAAACUAGCAGGCACAUGGAUUGGAACGAGGUUCCGGAAGGCAUCGGUGGCAAGACUGACGUGUCUGUCUGGCAUCAACUUGUUCAAGACCAGAAGGCCGGAUCUCCGGAGCUGCCCAAGGACGCGGGCAAAGCACCUAAUGUAGUUUUCCUAUGGCAGGAGGGUGCGGGUAAAGCAGCCGAGAUCGUCGAGUUCACACAACAGAACCUUGCCGCAGGUACCGGAGCUCUGUUAUCUGCCCUUCCCGGUCCGCAGCGGUUCAGUGCCUCCGAUUCAUUUCUUCCUGCAGACACUUUCACCAACUCCUACACGCUGUGCCUCACCCUGGCUGCCCUUUACGCGCAUGCCACGGUCAUCAUCAACUCAGUAGCUGGACCUGGAGUUGAUAUGACCCUCGCUACCCGCUCUAUUGCUCCAACGAUUGCUGUCGUAUCAGCCGAAACUGCAGCAAAGCUUCACAACACUACCGCUACGUCAAUCACAAGCGGUUUGAAGAAAUUCGCGCACUACCUCGAGACACGAAGUCUUACUUCUGGUCGUUUGCCUACCGACAAUUUCUUGUCACGACUCAACGCACCCACAAGAGCCAGCAUUGGCACGACUCCAGGCAAGCUACGUCUUCUCUUCAUUUCAGAGAGAGCUGGCUUGAACACCCCGCCGCUCAGCUCGGAGGAUCUUUCAGACCUCCGCAUCUACACCAAAGCGCGUGUAGUCUAUGCUUUGACGGCGGCCAAAGUAGCAGGAGCAGUCGCACAAACGAACAUUUACGAUUACAGGCGAGCAGUCACCCCGUCCAACAAGCACAGCCACUUCGGUAUCCCGCUGAGCUGCCUGGAGCUGAAGUUGAAAGAUACACCGUCCCACAAGAACACCGACGAACAAUUUGCGGGAGAAAUCACUGUUUCGGGUGCGUCUGUUGCGGGUGGGGAGACUGCCCUAGGUGUCAAUGGCACAAUCAGAGAAGAUCACACCAUUGCAUAUGUAUAG